AACUACAGGGAAGUAAAUUCAUUUUUGUAUAAUAUCGUUUCUUACCAAUGCAUACUAAUUUUAAGUUACCAUCAAGAAUGUUCUGGUUUAAAAUUUGUAAUCCUGUUUAAUAAUAUAAAAAAUUGCAAUAAUCAUAUGUCGCUUUACAUAGAAAUAGCUGUAGUAUCGUUUACAAAGUUAUUGUUUAACUUUUAAUAAAAUGGAAGGUGGUGAGUGGAGAAACAAUAUUAUUAUUGAACUACGGGCUCGAAACAAAAGAGAAACUGCAGCAUUUCAAGAUAUUUUCACGUUUCAAAGCAGACUAUUUGAUAAUGUAAACACCCUGAAAAAUGAAAACCUACAGCUUACUCUUCUCAAUGAAAGAAUCAGAUAUUCUAAUACAGAAAGUGUUUCAUCUGGAGGAGGUGCAAUUAAUGAAAAGAUCCAGGCAUUAGAACAAAAAAUAUUAAGUCAGCAGGAAGAGCUAACAUCAAUGCACAGAAGAAGAGGUGAAAGCGCACAACAAAUUAUUAAUCUUAAUGCGAAAGUUCAUGAUCUAGAAAAAAGUUUGCAAACUAAAGAUAUUGUUAUUUCGGAAAAUACAGCAUUAAUAGCAUCACUUAGAGCUGAAAUUCAAAUGUAUGAAACAAACAUGACUGAAUUACAAGGACUGAAUCAAGUUCUCCGAGAUGAACAUCAAGCAUUACAAAUAGCAUUUGCGGCCAUUGAAGAUAAGUUAAGAAAAGCACAGGAUGAAAAUCGAUCCCUUGUUGAAAGACUAAUCAAAUAUAAAGCGAAAGAUGCAGAUAAAAUGAAUGAAGAAAAUGAACAUUUUCUCAAGUCAAGCAACCCUACCGCGUUUUUGAUCAACACAUUUGGUAGAGUUAGUUUCGGGAAAAAGAGUGACAAAGUACGAAAGGAGUUAGAAGAAGCGGCAAGAGAGGGUGGGAGUAGGAGUAGUGGGGGGUCGGGGGGCAGCGCUGACGAUAAAAUAAUGGACUCGAUACCUUUCUACGCGACGACACUUCCAUCUAAAGUCGCUUUAAGAUUCGAUGCACACGAUGGUGAAGUUAAUGCAGUAAAGUGGAGUCCAACCGACAGAAUUGUAGCAACUGGUGGUGCGGACCGAAAAGUUAAAUUGUGGGAUGUAUCCAAAUUAGGCACAUGCGAGAGCCGGGGCACGCUAGUCGGCUCGAACGCGGGCGUCAUGUCCGUGGACUUCGACUCGACGGGCGCGUACAUUGUGGGCGCGUCCAAUGAUUUCGCGAGCCGCGUGUGGACGGUCGGCGAUCAGCGGCUGAGGCAUACACUCACCGGGCACAGUGGUAAAGUAAUGGCAGCUAAAUUCCUUGGAGAGCCUACUAAAGUGAUCACGGGCAGCCACGAUAGAACACUUAAAAUAUGGGAUCUCAGGAGUAGAAUGUGUACAGAAACAAAAUUCGCAGGUUCAUCUUGUAAUGACCUCGUGACGUCAGAUGGUGCGGGCUCGACAAUCAUAUCUGGGCAUUUUGAUAAGCGGAUACGAUUUUGGGAUAUACGAACGGAAAUGUCGGCCAAUCACAUCAUACUGCAGGGCAAGGUUACGUCGCUGGACCUUAGUAGAGACAGUAAUUAUUUGUUGGCGUGUGUCCGAGACGAUACCAUACAACUAAUAGACUUACGAAUGAACACGAUUGUACGUUCUUUCAGUCACGACUCGUUCAAAGUGGGUUGCGACUGGUCGCGCGCCGCAUUCGGUCCGGGCGGGCGGCUGCUGGCGGUGGGCGCGGCGGACGGCGCUGCCUACGUGUGGAACACGCAUUCGGGACGACUUGAAGCCGUGCUCAAGGAUCAUUCGUCAGCGGUGACGGCUGUGUCUUGGCACCCGCAGUCGGGGCUUCUAGCAUCCGUGGACCGCGGGAAGCGAGCCGUCAUUUGGGGCGACUUGUGACAAGCAUGGGACCACACCGGCCAGCCGGCGCAGAUUCUCCGACCGGAGUCACCGGCAGCGGAAGGCGAAAGCGGAGAGAUGUUGGAGCUUCUGCGCGGGCUCAAAACGGACAUUCUGCAAAGACUUACGUAGUUGCGGGUGCAUUGACGUGUUCAAAACAUGACGAUAGCAUCUACAUUCUACACUUUUUCAUGUCCACACAGAGCCGGUAAAACAUGUAUUAUUAUACAGAUAUCGAUCGAUGCCAAUAAAAAAAUACAAUACGUUUUUAUACGAUUGUCUAUUUGUUAAUACUAAUUGGACGGUGUAAAAUUUGUAAUUGGAGGGUGCUUUCAAGUAUUUUACGCUCGGUUGCAAUUGCUGUUUUUUUACUCGUCUACAUGAUGCAAAAUUACAUUUCAUUCCUUAGUGUUACAUAAGGAUUGUAGAAUAUGUCUCGUUUGUUCGAUUUUAGGUUCACUUUUGCCAUCAUAAAUUUAUGCGCAUAAUAGAUUUUCCAUCUCACUUCCUGGGCUAUUUAAAAUUUAAAUAUAAUUGUUUGAUUGGAUAUCGUUUUGUCUAUUUUUUUUUUUUAUGUAAAUUAUCUUCAGUAUAAUUUCAUGACCAAUAUUUCCCGGUACAAAUUAAACUAAGCGUGCGGGUACCCAAAAAGGAGCGGUCAGCGUUACAUGAAAUAAUAAUUAAUACGAAUAAAAUUCAUAAGGCGAUGUCCAAUCCACGGCGGUGCACGAUAACUAAUAACCGUCGUGUUGUCAGCGCGAAUUCAUAUUUGUUUUCCUUAGUGCGCGGGAUCGGAGGGCACAUGCGCUCCCGACCACUCAUUAGCACACAAUGCGACCACUAGCGGCCGAUUCCCGCGAUCAAUAAACUGUUGUCUAUACUCUAUGCUCUAUGCUCUAUACUUAGGGUUGCCGCACAUCUGCUUCUUAUGAAACUGUCACAGUGAUCAUAUUAUUGCUAAUAUUUCUGUCUGUUCUGGUUUUAAUGAAUGUGUACAUAUAUACCGGCUAGGAAUGCAAAAUCAUGUACGUCUGUAUGUAUGUAACGGAUAACCUGGUUUUAGAUUCUUAUUCCGCUAAUUCUAUUUAUCUGUUUAUUAAAGUGAUGCUACCUGUUAGAAUCACGUCUUCCAUAUUUUUUUUAAACGCAAGGCAAAAUAUUUCACGUAUGAUAGCCCUGCGCAUUCCCUAUUACCAACGCUGUGGUCCGAUAACGCAGCCGACAUCUAUAACCCUCUGGCGUUUGUUUUGACAGACACGCUCCGUAAUUUUUUAAAGACCAAUGACCCCGCAUUUAUUUAACGCUAUUUUUACAUGUAAUUACGCGUUACCGACCGCUUAAUUACCCGAAACUACUGCGACGCGGACCGCACCUGGAAUUCGGUAAAAAACCACGGCGCCACAGAGUGCUAUAAGCUCGCCGAACGACAUGGAUAAAAACCAUUAGUUCUUUUUUGUCGUCUAUUGUUUAAUAAUAGAACUCUCUCACCGGUUAUUAAGAUAAUUAGUAUUAUACGACUUUUUCAGUCUAUGAACGCAAUUUUGCGUAAAUACUGACAUUGUCGUUGUAUUAAAGCGUCUCUUAUAAAUCGAAGUAACUUGACAAUGGCAUAAUAAUUUUUAUCAUUAUACAAAUAUAGUUUAAGGUCGACUAAGAUAUUCAGGUUAUUUGGAUGUUUAUUUUCAAACGCUGUUAUUGUAUUCUAAGAACACCAUCACGUGCUAAAACACCAUCAUCGUCGUAUAUAUUUUUUGUACGAUUUCAUUAAGCACGUACAGGCUUUCUUUUUAGAUCUUUUGUCCGACCAGACGGUUCGAAUUUCACACUACGCGACGCCUAAAUUACGCUCCGUUUGUCUUCCUCAUAUAAUACCUGUAUAGUGCGCCUAGUUUGCAUACGAAUAACGGCGCCUCGUCUCUCUAGAUUAAUGUUCUUGCCAAAAAACAUGUCAUACACUCUGAAAGACGCUAGUGUUAUACUCAAUCAAUGUUUAGGAUCAAUUUUUUAUAGCUCUUAUGGUGUUAGCCGUAUCGGUAGCUAGUCACGUGUAUUCUAUGGCUGUUUUUGAUGAAAAAGAUUGGAUUUUGUUUUUUUUUUUUGGUUUGUUGAUUUUGUGAGGGAUUCAAAUUUGGAUAUUGUUUAAUUUGCAUUAGUUUUAUUGUUAUUAUUAUGUUUUUUGUUCAUUUAUACAACAUUGAGAUAUUUUUUUUUUCGCCGUGUUUUCUUUUUUUUUUGGUAAUUCGUCAUCUCGGUGCCAAUUAAAAUACAUGAUUUAUUGAUUUAUAGAUUGUUUCCUGAAAAGAUUAUUAUGUUUCAUAAAUGGUUUUUAAGUUAUAUUAAGUAUCUGCUUUAUAUUGCUAGGUAAACUGGCUCGAUAACUAUGCGACUAAGUUGUGUGCCUUUCAAAUAUUUAUUAUUAAAUUUAUAACAUUAUUAAGCACAAAUGUUUUAACGAUAUUCAUUAAAUUUGGAGGAUUAUAAAUCUUGCAUGCUCUUUACAUGUAUAUGCAUGUUUUGAUAUUAAGAUGCCCGAUUAAACUCUCAAUUUUUUACGAAAUUCUCUAUAAGAAUUACUUGGAAUGUCAUGUUAUCCAUAUAAAUGAAUUUUUCGCAAAGUUGACGAAGACUGUUGUCGAUAAUAUAAGAAUGUUUACAUCACUCUGUAAGUUUUAAUGUUAUAUAGAAUCAUAACAUUAGUUUCGAUUAUUUGUAAGAACAAUUCCUUAUUUUAUUACAAACUUGAUGCGUAAAGAAAUUCUUUGAAUUCUCUUUCAUACAGCAACAUCACACUCCAACUCCGUCAGCCUUAAUAUUAUAGCGAUUGUCAGUAUGAUAACUUUAUUCUGCUUUUUUUUUAUGGAAAUCUUCAUUAUAUCACUUAAGGCCAGUUUCACAGCUUCUUGAUAAAGUCACAGAUAGCCGAUCUAACAGUUUAUUACGUAUAUUUUCAUACGUUAUUUUUUAUUGAAACUGAUAUAUGUGCUGAUCAAAACAUAUGCCAAUUAUACUCUAAAAAAAACAUUUUCUACCAAAAACAUUUCACAAACAUUUCCGUACAAAUUUUAUUAUUGUUUACCUCUGCAUAUUGAGAUGAAAGAAUCAAUAAUUAAUAGUACUUAAAAGUAACAAAUAUUCACAAAUUCUACGCGGAGUAUCUUAUAUUUUUCUUAGCCUCUCCUUUCCUGUGUAAUAAAAUGAUAAAUCUUCUUAUAACUGAAUAGUACAUUGCCUAUUGUGUUGUGAAAGCAUAAUGUUAACAUUAAACAAUUGUUUCAUAAUUCUCUUUUAUCGCUGCGAGAGACUAGUAUGUAAGUUGUUGUAUAAAUCUUAAAAUUUAUAUUAUUUUUAUAAAUAAAAUGAUAUAUUUUGUAGCACAACGUGAGCAAGCUUGUAAAUAGAAUGAAGUGGGUGCGUGGAAAUUAUAUGUUCUCGAUUGUACGACAUAUUAUAAAUAAAAAGUACACUCAGA